AGUUGCUUCAGUGUAGAUAAACUUCCAUGGUUCGCGGUUCUCUGACGCAAAAUUACAAAAUUGCAUAAAGUUGAUGGCUUUUAUUUAGUUCUUGUGACUACAUGGGUGUACCCAUUCAUUAGAAAAAUAGCUGAAAACUAAGUUCAGUGAGUCCUCAGUGAAAUAUCGAAGUGAAAUUUGUAUUCUGUUGUAGAAGAAUACUUUAAAAUUGAUAGUAAAGUAAAUGCCACAUUUGUAAUCUUGUGGAGCGCCAUUUUGUCGGAUAUUGCAAGUAAAAGCUGUGAAAAUACAAAGUCGCAUAUUUUACUUAGGAUUUUGUCCAAUUUAUCAACAAUCUGCACAGCCUUUUAUUGAGGAUAUUUCAAACGUAAGAAGUGGUGUACGAGUCUUGUGCUUUUAAGUGACUCUGUACAAUGGCACAGCCUGUGAAUUUACUCAUCCAGGACUCCAAUGGUCAAAAGCAGGUAAUCAAGGUGAUGCCUUCUGCCCAUGGAAGACCCCUCACCGCGGACGGUGUGAAGGCGAUUGUAAAGGAAGUUACUGGACAAGAAGCUACGAGAGUUAUAACGGCUUCCCAAACAUCCACAAGCAAAAUUGGACAGAAAAUGCCAGUGCCACAGAAUUCCAAACUGUUGACCAUUCCACAAUCGAAGGGUGAUCCAAAACAACCAGUUCGCAUUCUGAAUUUUAUACAAUCGUCGGGGCAUCAAGGAUCUGGGAAUGGGCAGAGCGCAACAACGCUUACAAUGAGCGGCGGUAAAACAACACAUGCAAUUACUCCAAUGCCCACAGGAUCGGCAUCAUUUUCUCGUGCGAGUAAUGCUGGGACUCCCGUGCCAGCUGGUGGUGUUCAAGUUCGUCGUCGUAAGUCCGAUAAGCUAGGGAAGGGGCUACGUCACUUUUCCAUGAAGGUGUGCGAGAAGGUGAAAGAAAAAAUGAUUACGACGUACAAUGAAGUGGCCGAUGAGCUGGUGGCUGAGGAAUUGGACAGCAGUCGUUCAGAUCCUGCAGAUCCAUCUAGCUGUGACCAAAAAAAUAUUCGUCGACGCGUCUAUGAUGCACUGAAUGUACUCAUGGCCAUGAACAUUAUUUCAAAAGAAAAGAAGGAGAUUCGUUGGAUUGGUUUACCAUCCAACUCCACAGCACGCUGUACGAAUCUUGAGUUGGAAAAUCAGCAACGUCGCAAACGUAUUGAGUCCAAAGCCCAAGUACUCAAGGAACUGAUUCUUUUGCAAGUCUCAUUCAAAAGUUUAGUGGCAAGGAAUAAGGAGGCAGAACAGCGAGGAUUAAUCCCCACGCCAAAUUCAGCCAUACAAUUGCCUUUUGUAGUUGUUAAUACACAUAAAGAGACUCACAUCAAUUGCAGCAUAUCUCACGAUAAGACAGAAUAUUUCUUCAAAUUUGAUGACAAAUUUGAAAUUCAUGACCAUGUGAAGGUUCUCAAGCAGAUGGGACUUUUGUUAGGUUUGGACAAAGGUGAGAGCACAUAUGAGGAUAUUGAGAAGCUAAAGACAAUGGUGCCACAACAGUUUUGGAAGUACAUUGAAUCCUAUGGUCGGGGCUCCGAUGAAAAUAUGUCAGAUGACUGGGACAUGGCAGACGGAGGACGACACAAUUCGUAUUUUUCUCCCAAGCACGAGCUUAUCGAUAGUGCCGAUCUCGACGACGAUGAUAUGUCCGAGCAGAGCGAUGGAAAUUAAUUUUUUUUUAAUUUUUAUAAUUCUCUGCAAUGCACCACAAGGCAGAAGCUAUAAGAAGGAAGUUUUAAAGAGGCUCCCUAAUAAAGCUUCUGAUUACAAAACUUAGUGGAUAUAAAAGGAAACAGAUCUUAUCUGUUUGUAUAAUUAGAUUUAAGGCUUUUCUUAUGUUUUCUUUUUAUUUUAAGAAAUGAAUUUAUGCUAAACGAUUUGAUCUUAUAAAUUUGGAAUUUCUUUUUAUAAUUUUUUUCCAAUGUUUUUUUUUCAUAAAAAAAAUCCUUUAAACAGAUGGAUGUAUGAAAGAUUGGUGACUUUUAUUGGUCAAUUGCCAUUAUAUUUUUAAAAAGAUAAUGAAGACAACAAAUUUAGAAAAAUGAACUAAAAAAUGCGUGAAAAAAUUUAAAGUGAAGAUAAGAAUACUAUAUAUUAUCACGUUUUGAGCAACUGUAUCCCUUAAGGUGUUCACGGAUAAUUUUUAUUAUAUACGCUCUGCAAAAGGGUUAAAAUGCGAAUAUUUUUGGCAGUAAACCGGCUGGCGAAAUUUUAAAUAAUUUUUAUAAGCUGAUACUGUUUACCCAUAUGUGGACUAAUACACAUUUGCGAUUUACAGAAUUUUAUAAAAUAAUUUCAUAAGUUUAUUCUUUUUUUUUUGUUCUAUUGUCUGAAAAAAAUAUGGUAAACGUUUUAUGUGAAAAUGCAAAAGUUACAUGUAAAUUCAAUAUUAAAUAAAUAUAUGAAACUAGAAAAA